CGUGUGCGUUUCCUUCAGAGCUGCAAAAAUGUCUAGCUCUGUGAUGUCCUGGUAUAUAUACACUCUACUUUCCUUCACUUUUAUCAGUAGACCCUUCCAGACAGCACCAAUCGUGAAACGUAAAUUUCUUUUUCGACUUGCGGAUUUUGAUGGCAGACUUGUACAGAACUGGACGGAUAUUCGUACUUCAUCAAGUGUGUGGGAAUGUGCUGGUAUUUGCGCUGCAGAUAGCAACUGUAUGUCAGUAUGCUUUAAGCCCAGGUCACAAGAGUGCGUCAUCUACGAGAGGAUGGUUUCAUCCACUGAUAAAUUCACCCUAUUCCCUUUUGCAACUGUGUUUGCUCUCUGCCCAAGAGGAUACAGUGUUAUGGGAAGACGAUGCAUCAAGGUUGUCACUGAGAAGAUGGACAGGGACUCUGCCAGAGCACACUGUAGAGAUGACGGUGCAGAUUUGAUUAACCUUGGGAGUCAGGCGAGGAUUGAUGAAUUUCGGUACUUCAUGGAGGCGAAUGGAGAUGAACCUGACAAUAGCUUCUACUGGUGUGGAGCGUCACAUGUCAAUGGCCGGUGGCAGUGGAUCAAUGGAAUGACAUUCUCAUCCAACUCAGAUCUCUGGUGCCCCCAUGAACCAAGUGAUCCCUCUGAGGAGUGCACGGCCACAAAAGCCCCAGAGUUCAUCUGCCUGUAUGACCUUCACUGUUACACAGACCAAAAGUUUGUGUGCGAGAUUCAGUUCUGACUUCUAUCACGUUUUGUCGAGAACAACGUACUGAUCAAAUGACGCAUAAAUAUGUUACAGACAUUGCAUGACAAUCAGAAGGUUCUGACUGAAAACCUUAAGUCUUAUACUUUAGCCUUUAGGUAAACAUAUGUACCAGAAUUAUGAAUUAUGUUGCCUUAUCAGUCAAACCCGAAUGUCGUUAGCCUAAAAAAAUUCUCAACAGAAAUAAUAUACUAGAAUAGCGAAUACAGAAAUUUGUUGUAACUGUCGUACAAUGAAAUGCUGGUAAUUUGAUAUGUCCAGCUUAAAUUAUUCGGAAUAAUGAUGUUUUAGUUUUUAGAUCAGUCAAAAGGUAAAUGACACAGAUAAUCAAACUUCAUGAAUAGUUGAAGUUCGAGUUUGCUAUGUAUUUGACACUUUAUACUAAUCAUUUCUCACUCGAUGUGGUGUAAUUUAGCUAUGGUGUUUGACAUCCUCGAAUUGAAAAUUAUUUUCUCACAAAGAAUUGUGUGCCAUUCAAUAAAGUGAAACAAUACACGAUACACGAUAUCUUGUAAACUAAGUCUGAGAAUUGAGAAAGUGUUUUUUUCUUCUGUAGUGUUUAUUUACACAGAGCAUAUGACCACAUCUUCAAACGAUGCGUCAUACAAUCACAUACGCAUCAUAUAGUGACAAAAUAGUUGACACGAUAUUUAGAGCUUGAAACACAUAUUUGGCAAAGCAGUUAAUAACAUAUUUAGUACUUGAUAACAUUAAUUGCACUACGACUCUAGGAUUGCCGAUGAUGAGAACAACCAUGAGGAAUUCAUUUAUACCAGCUAGUACCAGAUUGUGGAAUAAGAUUUGUGAUGCAUAUUUGUUGAGCAUUUGUUCGCUGGUGCCAUAUUGGUAUCUACAAGCUCAGACCUUGUGCUGAUGUAACUCAAAUUUCCUUUGGGAUAAUGAAGUAUUAUCUUAUCACUACAUGGACACUAUACAUAUCACUUUCUGUGCAAAUAAUAAGUAUAACUUUAUUUUGCGCUAUGGUAUUUCAAGACAACAGCACCAUACGUCAUCAGAAUGCAAAAAGACUCGAUAUGGAAAAAUAUUUUCAUACUUUAAAGUUUACUCUGUUUCUUUUAUGCCGAUUGGCUGAAUGGAUAGUCACGUGAGUUUACACACCUGUGAACGGAUAGAGAAGGUACAUGAAGGUUGACCUCGCCUCAGUGCAUCGAGUCAUGCUUAUAUUUUUGUUCGUGGUCUGUUACCUAUGUUUUAGAUUUGAUUAAUCCCAAAUAUUGUUUGUCAAUUUGUUCAGAGAAUAAAAUUAC